AGCCUCAUCCCCAACACAUACAUUGUCAAUCUGGACAAUGAACUCCAAAAGCCCUCCCCUUUCCCCACUCAUGAAUUCUGGCACUUAUCACUUCUGCAAUCCUUAGCCGACCCUAUAGCCGACGAAGAGCUGUUCCUCUACAGCUACACUCAUGUUAUGCAUGGGUUUAGCUGUAGAUUGACAGAAGCCCAACUCUCCGAGAUAGAGAAGUGGUCGGCCCAUGUUGUCACUUACCCGGAGACCUUCGGGAAGCUCCUCACUACUCACACUCCGGAGUUCAUCGGGCUGCACCAUGACUCGGGGUUGUGGCCGAAUUCCUCCUACGACGAAGGGAUCAUCAUAGGAGUCAAUCGACACGGCCAUCAAGCAAGAGCUUCCAUGACCAUGGACAACCAAGAGGUAAAUCAAGUGGAUAAGGGUAAAGCUUGA